AUGGAGUGUGUGGGCACCCGCAUCUCAUAUGCAAAAUGGCGCCUGAAUACGUUCCGACAAUUGUUGGCGACAUCGCAAGCUCAGGCAGCUAGUCGGGGCAUCUCGACCUCACGGCAAACCGACCAACGCAAUAAUACUGUGUUGGAAACAAAGACCGGCAAUUCGAAUCUGGACUCUCUUCUUCCUUCACAGCGACUCCCCCAGUCUCCUCUCCUCGCACGUCCUCGUCCUGGGACUGAGAAGAACCGCAAGAGACGCCCCACGACACAGGAGGAAGCUGACCUGCUCAAGAACCCAUGGGCCCUAAUGCUGGCUUCCCCGGCGCGCAUGUGCUCUGUAACUGGUGCAAGGCUUCCAUCUGCUCUUCUGGGGACUUGGGGACUUGUUACACAACCAAAUUCAGUCAAGCUUCAUAUGAUGCCUGUGGGUCUGCUGCACGACUCGCUGCAAAGCAACCAGACCACGAACCUCAGUCUAUCAUCAAAGACAGCCAUCCUAAACCAGCAAAAAAGCCCAGCGAUUGGGAACCAAGGCCUGCAAGGGAAUCCCUUGAAUUUAUCACCAAUUCCAACAUUCCCAGAUAAGCAGACUGGACGCCAGCUUGUGCUUCGCAUUGCUGAGCUUCUUCCACUUAUUCAAUCCAUUUCAGUGCCACUUUCUAAGAAGGGCGGGAAAAGGCCGCCGAUUAUGCGGUUGUUGCCGUUCCGAUGGAGGCAUCCCCAGGGCCCUGUGACGGCGCACGAAGAGAAAAGAAUCGUCUGGUCGAGAGAUAUGCCGGAAUUUUUACUGCAGAGUAUGAGGAGUGUUGUUGCCAAGAAGCUAGAUGCGGUCCUCGACAAAUACAAGCGUGUCGGUACCCCCAAUGGGGUCUGGAGGGCUCUGGAUCUACCCGAGUACUCGGAUGCUGCGCUGAAGGAGGCCCUGGGAAGUCUAGAGCGAUUUGAUCGUAUGGAAUGUGGUGGAGUCCUGCUUCUUGGCUCAAAGAAUUACCCGGCUGCUGGGCAUACAUCUCAAUCGAGCGUCUCUUUGGAUUCGGUGACUCUCACGCAGACUGGAUCCAAGAUUCCUGUGUUUGAUUUGUCAGUGAUUUUCUCUGAGUCUGAUAUCAACAAACUCUGUGAAGCCCACAGUCAAUUCCAACACACUGCAUUGUUCUUUAGACCAGAGGAUAAGCUCGGUAUUGAUGCGAUGAUAUCCCUCUGGAAAGUUAAACGACUUCUUGAUGGGGUUGAUACGACAGAGCAAUGA